AUAGUUUGACAGAGACACAAAAGUUAAAAACAAAUUAAUUGGGUUCCUCAAAUUAUCUGAUCACACCUAACUCCAAUUUCGAACAUUGGAAAAGUUAGGGUUUUGGGAAUUUAAUCAUUGUAAUCGAGGAGCAUAUGGAUUCAGACGAGGGUGAAGAUUAUGGUUAUAGCGACGACGGCGACUGCGAUGAUGAUUAUAUGGCUGAAGCUUCCGAUGAUGAUCUCGAUGAGUCCGUGGCGGCUCGUUCUCAGCAAAAUUAUAUUACCUUGACGGAAUCAGAUAUAAGACAACGCCAGGAAGAUGAUAUCACCAGAGUGUCCACUGUCCUUUCCAUAUCAAAAUCUGAAGCAAUCAUCUUGCUCCGUCAAUAUAAUUGGAGUGUUAGUAAGGUGCAUGAUGAAUGGUUUGCUGAUGAAGAAGCUGUCCGGAGAUCUGUUGGUGUGCUGAACAAACCAGUUGUUCAACAUUCCAAUGCUAGAGAACUUAGUUGUGGUAUCUGUUUUGAAUAUUUCCACCACAAUAAAAUUACUUCAGCUGCUUGCGGCCAUCCAUUCUGUAGAGCAUGCUGGUCAGGUUACAUUAGUACAACUGUUAAGGAUGGUCCUGGAUGUUUGAUGCUGAGAUGUCCCAUACCAUCUUGUCAAGCUGCUAUUGGUCAGGAUAUGAUAAAUUCUUUGGCAUCUGAUGAGGAUAAGGAGAAGUAUUCUCGUUAUCUUCUUCGGUCCUACAUUGAAGACAAUAGAAAGACCAAGUGGUGUCCUGCACCUGGGUGUGAGUAUGCUGUUGGCUUUGCAGCUGGUGAUGGAAGCUUUGACGUGUCAUGCCUCUGUUCUUAUUGCUUUUGCUGGAAUUGCACAGAGGAAGCUCAUCGUCCUGUGGAUUGUGGAACUGUAGCAAAGUGGAUUUUGAAGAACGGUGCAGAGUCUGAAAACAUGAACUGGAUCCUUGCCAAUUCCAAGCCUUGUCCUAAGUGCAAGCGACCAAUUGAAAAGAACCAAGGGUGUAUGCACAUGACGUGCACACCACCUUGUAAAUUUGAUUUUUGCUGGUUAUGCCUUGGUGCUUGGUCUGAUCAUGGUGAGAGGACAGGUGGUUUCUAUGCUUGUAACAGAUAUGAAGCAGCAAAACAAGAGGGUCAGUAUGAUGAAGCAGAGAGGAGGUGUGAAAUGGCAAAAAAUUCUUUGGAGCGGUAUACUCAUUAUUACGAACGAUGGGCAAGCAAUCAAUCGUCAAGGCAAAAAGCGCUGGCAGAUUUGAAUCAAAUGCAAAAUGUGCUUCUUGGGAAACUCAGUGACAUACAAUGCACACCCGAAACCCAACUCAAGUUCAUUACAGAUGCCUUGCUUCAGAUAGUUGAAUGCAGACGAGUAUUGAAAUGGACUUAUUCAUAUGGGUAUUACUUACCUGAGCAUGAGCAUGCAAAGAGACAAUUUUUUGAGUACUUGCAAGGUGAGGCCGAGUCUGGCCUAGAAAGGCUUCAUCAAUGUGCAGAGAAAGAUCUACAGCAAUUCCUUGCUGCUGAUGGCCCCUCUGAGGAAUUUAACGAGUUCCGAACAAAGUUAGCUGGGUUGACGAGCGUCACAAAGAAUUACUUCGAGAAUUUAGUUAGAGCACUGGAGAAUGGUCUAGCAGAUGUGGACUCUCUUGGUGGUUGUAGCAAGACAACAAUCUCAAAAAAUGCAGGUCUCGGCAAGGGGAGAGGUGGCAGGGGAAAAGGAAACGCUAUAUCUGGUGACUCGAGCAGAACUGCAGAUGAUUAAAUUCAUUAUUCCAGAUGGUAAUGUUCCAUUACGUUACGUGGCAGGUAUGCUUUGACAUCUGUUUGAACUUUGGUACACUUCCGUUGAUGGUUCGUAGUUGGAACAUACUUUUCCAAGCAAGUUGAAGUCCAAAUAGGCUAAUGCUGGAAAGUACUUUGUACUUGAGGUAUUUUUGGGCAAGUUCUUUUUGCUAUUCUGCUCACUGCGUCAUGGUAUGUAGAUGUCAAUGGAUUAUUGGGAGGGGGGUAAAGAGAAUUUUUUGAUUACUUGUGUGUAUGGAGGGGGGCACCAACUUGUAUAUAAUUUUCUAACUAUUAUGAUCAUAAGGCUUCUACAACUUGCUUUUGUCGACUAUAAUAUUCAAAUGCAAAUAUUAUUUUACAUCUA